CGUUGCGUGUUUCCGCUGGGCGGGGCGUGAGCUCGGUGCUUACGCUGGCAGCGGUCUGGGAGAAGCGGGCGGCGUUGAGUGCCUGAGACCCCCCAGCCCGGCACAGACUCGGCGGUUGAGUGGCGAGGCCGGGACCGUCGUUUCCCUCAAGUCCACAGAGCAGCGGGGAGGAGCGGCCCGGGGCCCCGGCGGCGCGGGGGGAAGAUGGUGGCGAAACAGCGGAUCCGGAUGGCGAACGAGAAGCACAGCAAGAACAUCACCCAGCGGGGCAACGUCGCCAAGACCUCGAGAAACGCCCCCGAGGAGAAGGCAUCCGUGGGGCCCUGGUUGUUGGCGCUGUUCAUCUUUGUGGUUUGUGGCUCAGCUAUCUUCCAAAUUAUUCAGAGUAUCAGGAUGGGAAUGUGAAGGAGCUGACCUUAAACAAGUUGUUUUCAUCUUCCUGUGAAUUACAAUGAACUGUCAUUCCCAAUGUUUGAUACCCCGGUCUAAAAACUUAAUUCAUGAUACUGUCCUGCUCCAGAACGACUUUCCAUGUUGGCCAUAUGUCAUUCCAGGUUCCUUCACAAGUCAUUCCAAGUUUUCUAGUCAAUACCACAGUGCCUUGAAAAGCACCACAUGUAUAAAGCAAUAAAAUUCUAUUGUUGAUCUACAA